GACGGUUUUCUUUGUGCAUUACUAAAGACCAAAGAAUUCAGUUCAUUGCUUUCAGGAAGUGCAGAAGUUGUUGUGAAGCUGCCCCUGACUGAACGCAACCUCGGAAUCUAAAGUGAUGGCUGAACCCAGGAUAUCUUCCAUUGAUGGGAAGUUAGCUGAAGAAUUUGCUGUUCCCUCUCAUGUUGAGGAGGUCAAAGAGAAGAUGGCUGCUUUUGCCGGGUAUCAUGCGACAGCAGGUCGCAGGGUAGUUCUCAUCACAUCGGGAGGCACCAAAGUCCCCCUGGAGUCCCGCACGGUUCGCUUCCUCGAUAACUUCAGCAGCGGCAGACGAGGAGCCUCCUCAGCAGAAUAUUUCAUAGAAUCAGGCUACGCCGUCAUCUUCCUACACAGGCAUCGCUCUCUCUACCCCUACACGCGUAUGUUCUCAACCAUGAACAUGCUGGAUGCCCUAAAGUUCAGAAGUGGAGAUGGAGCAUCCAGUAACUCUGUUGAAGUGGUGGUUAACCAGCAGGUGCUCCCGAACAUUGCCAAAGUACUGAAGAAAUACCACGAAGUGAAAGAAAGCAGACUUCUUCUGCCCAUUGAGUUCAGCACCCUGUCAGAGUAUCUGCAUCUGCUCAAAGCAGCAGCUCAGGCACUCAGCACAAUAGGAUCCAAGGCCAUGUUUUACCUGGCUGCAGCUGUGUCAGAUUUCUAUAUCCCAGCAUCUGAGAUGCCUGAACACAAAAUCCAGUCUUCAAAUGGACCUCUUCAACUCAGCAUGAACAUGGUCCCCAAGAUACUGUCCCCCCUGGUGAAGGACUGGGCACCUCAGGCAUUUGUCAUAUCUUUUAAGCUGGAGACAGAUGCAACCAUCCUGCUGGAUAAGGCUCGACGGGCUCUGGACACCUACAGGCACCAGGCAGUUGUGGCCAAUGUACUGGACUCUAGACGGGGUUAUGUGGUGGUGGUGACCCCUGACAGUCAGGAUGAGCUGAUCCUCACAGAGGAGGAUGAGAGGAAUGAGGUGGAGAUAGAGGACAGGAUAGUGAGCAACCUGACAUCAGCCCACAAUAAGUUCAUAACUCAACAAGGGGGUUGACAGUCAUCACCUACACUGCAUGUCUGAGUCAGUGCUGAAGCUUUAAGUUGUGUCUGUGCUUUCCUGAUCUUGGCUUAAAUUCAUACUUGCCCGUCCUGCUGACAGGUUACUGUAUGUUCAGCAAGUUGUAUGAUGGGAUAAUGUUACAAAUAAUUAACUAUAACA